UUAAACGAAAAAAUUCUCAAAACAUUUAUACCUCGAAUUUUAAGAGAUCAAAGAAAAUUUUGCAUUUAAACUUUGCAAACCUCUUAUAAGCUCACAUCAUAAAAUUUGUAAGAAAUUAAAUUCUCUAGGAAUCGAAUUCCAUAUUUGAUGUAAAAAUCUUCAAACCUUUAUCAGUAGGUCAUAUGGUAUUUUCACAAAAAAUAAUAGCUUGUUAACUAUUGGUAGGCCCUGAACUGAAAAUUCUAAAUUGGAAGAAGAACCUGAUAAUAAUAAGGAAAAUUACUCACUAACCAUACAAAAAAUAUAAAAAUUCACUAACUGACCAAAAUUUCUCUAUCUCCUACUUUCUUUUUCUAUAUCUCUUCUUUACCAAUCUAAUUUCUAUUCUUUUUUGAGAAAUUGCACUCUACACAUUAGCUCUUUAGUGUAUUUAGCUCUAUGCACAUUUACGUACUUCUAGGCAAAGUGUUAGACUUGCUUGGACGAAACUACCCCUACCGUAUUCUUAACUUUUAUAUUCUCUCCACAAUAUUUUAUUACUUUUGUGUUUAACCAAAACAACACGAAACCACUUUUUGUCAGACAAGUUGAAACCUAUCACUAUCCUUACAUUCUCAACUUUCGAUAACUUCUUUCUAACCUUUCUCAUCAUCUUUCAUCUAUAUAUAUUGAGACUUAUGCUUCUAAAUAUAUAUAUCUCCAUCUCUUUCUACUUUCUUUGUAGUAUAAGAGAAAUUGAUUUUACCCCAUGUCGUCAGGCGCCGAUGAAACCGAUGAAACCCCACAUCUUCAAUUCCCACCUCGCAUGUUCGCCGUUGGUGAUGAACCACUAGGAAUUAGGGUUACUCCAUAUCAUAAACCUUCUGCCAUCACCAAAAUUCUAAACGCUCUAACUGAAGAUGAAAUCGAAGCUAUCCGGAAGACCCCUUUUGGGAAACUGGUGGAAAUUGCCGAUAAACCGUCAUUCUCUGGACGAUUUGGGAGAUUUCUUAUAUCAAGACAGUUGAAGAUCGUGAAGAAAAACGAAGCCUGGUUUCUUUUCGCCGGUAAACCAGUUAGGUUCUCCCUCAGAGAAUUUGCGAUGGUGACCGGCCUCAACUGCCAGCAGUAUCCCACUCAUUCGAAGAAAAGGAGCACGAAGAGUAUAACAGAGAAGCCAUAUUGGGGUGAGCUUUUUGGGUUAAUGACUGAAGUUCCGGUAAGCUAUGUUGUUAGCAUGCUAAGGAAGAAAACAGUUACGGAUCCGGAAAUUAGGUUUAAGUACGCCCUGCUUGCUUUGCUCUCAGCCGUUAUAGUGCCAACGUCUCACAAUCCGCGAAUUGCUCACCAGCAUGCCGAGAUGAUCAAAGAUGUUGAUCAGUUCCUUGCGUUCCCGUGGGGGCGGGCUUCCUUCGACAUGCUUAUGAGCAGCAUAAAAGAGAGAGAUGAAGUAUCACUAUCACAGAACACCAUUGCUCUCAAAGGGUUUGUGCUAUCAUUACAGCUUCUAAUGAUUGAAGCUGUUCCGUCGCUUACUGGAGUUGUUGAAGAUGGUGGAUCUUCUGCCUCAGACGGCGAUGAAUCUGUUGAUGAAGAUGGAAAGGGAAAGAAAAGUAUCAAUACUGUGCAUGUCACUGAUAUUGAUACUGCCGCGAAGGCUCACGUUGUUUCUAUUAUCACUGCGGGAGUUGAAGAAUUUCUUCUCAACCCCGAACUCGGAUUUUCCGAUGACGGUGAAGAUGUGCUUGUAACCAAUAUGGUCAAGUGUGUUGAAGAUGGAUUUGCGUUUGCUAACUCCCAUUUUACCGGUGGGGCUACCAAAGCUGACGUGAACCGAAUGCGUGAAGACGGUAAAACAGGAAAAAAAAGGUCACGGAAGAACACCAAAGUGAACCUGAAAGAGCCUGUCACGGAGGCUCUCGACGCUGAUUAUGUUGCAGACAUUGUAAGAAAGAGUGUCUCAACAGAAUUGAGCAAGAUGGGGGUACAAAUCCAGAAUCUCGUUGACAAUGUAACGACCUCGCAUCAGCUUUUGCGCUCCGACAUCGAAGACAUGUUCCAGAUUUUUCGGAGGGAUAUUACGAAGUUGGUCACUCCUCUUUGCACUGCCCCACAUAACCCCCCACCACCUCCUACCCCACACUCAUCUCAUUUUGGAAUGAGAAACCAGUCGGGUAGCACCACUCCUGCAAACACAAAUAACAUCAUCAAUGAGGCUGUCCGUUUUGCAAAUCAGCACUCACUCCAAACAAAGAAGGUGACCUCACCAUGCCUUUUCUUAAAACACAAUCUAAUUGCCACCAUAUUUGGUGAUGCAAUACUCUUUGAUGUCAUAGGGUAUAACGGCCGAGAAAGGUGUAGUCGAAGAAACGCCGAUGUCCUUUCAGACAAAGACGCUCCUGCUGUGGAAACCAAUCCUCAUGUACAAGACAGUGCCGAUGCCCGUUCAGACACAGACGAUCCUGCUAUGGAGACCAAUCUUCAUCUACAAGACAGUGUCGAUGUCCUUCUGGACACAAACGCUCCGGCUGUGGAGACCAAUCCUCAUCUACAAGACAGUGAAAAUCUCCCAAGAUCAAAAGAACCUACUGUAGUUGGUGAUAGUCGAGACCCACUCGUGGCUGAAAACGAUCCCAUAUCGAAGGACAGUGGAGACACUAGUCUUGCAUUUCCCCAGCCAACAUUCUCCCUUGGCCUGACGCAGGAAGAUCCUCAACUAUCCAAAACAAGCGCCCCUGACAGCGAGGACUAUGGUGAUGAACAUAUGACAGUCGAUCCACCACCAACUUCCAAUGAGAACGAUGCUCCAGCGCCGCUUUACAGGAAAAGCAAGCGUCCACGAGUUGUUCCUAGGUCACUAGUUGGUGAUUACCAGUGUGAUAAACGUAUACUGGUGCGUGCGUGGGAGGCGCAUGUGAAUGCCACUAGAAGGGUCCCCAACGUUGACUACGCUGUGAAAUUCGCUGAACUUUCAUCGAAGCUGGAGUCCCCAUUCACAAUAAAACUUGAUGGCUUAUCUCUCACUAGUAAAGAGCUCUCUGCAAUUGUUGACAGGUCUACGCACUUACCACCAAAGGCUCUUGACGUCCUCAUUCAUCAUACCCGUUUAGUUUUCCAAUCCUAUCCAGUCUCCCUCCAAUCAAAGAACUCUGUUUUUUUGGACACAAAGUUUGUCUCACUCCUUGCUAAGACGUUUUUCAAAUUCUCCAAAGCACCUAAGAAAGAAAGUUUUCGAUUUCCAGCCGCAUUAGCUGACUAUUUAGUUCGAGAUUUCCCAAUUGAUGAAGCUAAUCGUUUCUACUUCCCGUUCAAUUUUGACAAGAAGCAUUGGGUUGGUGUUUGCGUUGACUCAUCCCUAGGCCAGGUUUCUGUUUUAGACUCAAACACCUCUCUCAGGACGGACGGGAUGAUCACGUCAGAAAUGCGUUCUAUUUCGCAGAUGUUUCCUUACAUACUGAAACAAGCUGGGAAACAAUGCAGUUCCAAAGACAUGAAGACAUUCACCAUCGACAGACCUCGUUCCAUCCCUCAGAACACCACCUCCUUUGACUCCGGCGUUACUUCUAUUUUUCUAAUCCAAGCUCACGCGGUUGGGGGUCUCGAAGUCUGCAAAUGCAUCACACCUGAUGUGCUAGACGUUGAGGUCGAGCGCCUCACAGUUAUGAUCUAUGAAGAAUACAUGGGACUCAUCUGAGUGUGAACUUGUAGCCUAUGUCUCAUUUCCCGCGUCAUGGAGAUCGUCUGCUCAAUCUCAUAUUUUGUUGUUUGUUAGUUUGUUUAAUGUUGUUGUUUCUAAGAUCGAAAACUCAUUUGUAAGAUGUUUCGGAAAGUUACCCUUUUCGGCUUUAAAUGUUUUGUCUGUAUCCUGCUAACAAGACCGCCUCAAUAUAAUUACAUUUCAAUUAUGCUCCUUAUGCAAACGGGGCCCAACUAACCUGACUUAGCUCAUAUACUACACAUACAAGUUAACAAUUUAGCAUGCUAACAAGACAACAUGCGAGACUGAAUACGGACAAACCAGGCGGUCCGGAACUUGGUUUACAUAUAAUUACGGUUUAAUUUCUAGAAUUUAAGUCCGAUACUCCGCUUUUUUGUAACAAAACGUCGUCGUUAGACAUUAUUUCCUUAGAUAAACUUUGGUGAUUGUGCUCAUGUAUUGAUGAUCUAAACGACGUCGUUGUCUUUCCUGCUCCCCUUA